AUGUUCUCGGAGUAUGCAUCAAGGUUCCUGGCCCAGUCGCAGUCAAGGAUAUCCAACUUUGGCCAGGCCGACAACAAUAACGAGAACCCGCCACGACAAUCAGACUGGUCAUCACGACCUACACGGAACCAGCGCGAUACGGGAAGAAGUAAUGGACCGGGCAGUAGGUCUUUCUUAGGUCGAGGGAACCCAUAUCAACAAACCGGGGCUGGCUCUCGAUUCGGUCAGCUAGCCUUCGCAUCGCGAAUAUCAGCCGCCCAAGAUGCACCUUUAUUUCACAGCACCCUGGACGAAUUUCGAGAAGAGGAUGACGAGGAAGAGAGGGAAAGGGCCGACAUGUUCGCCCUCCAAAGGUCAAGACGAGUAGCAGCAGCGAGCAAACUUGCCGAUAGUGUCGAGUCUGAUGCUCACAGUCGGGGAUCUAUGGAAGACAGCUUGAACCAGGAGGAUCCUUAUCGAGAUAUGAGCAUGCGCCGCGGUAUUCGAAGCAGUUGGAACGGCACUAGAAGCACCCACCGUCCUGGUGUGGCUAGAGAUACCGUAUUGGAAGAAGCUGAGGAUGACUCCCGUUCGAGCGAAGACCAAACAAGCAAUCGAACAGAUGUUAAGGGUAAGAUGGUCGAUGUUGGACUCGAAUCGCAAGAGGACCCGGACGAGGACCCUCCAGCUUCCUUGCUAGGCGGGGAAACUCCACGAGAUAGUAGCCCUCCGGCAUUUCAGCGAUUUAAGGGUACGGAUACGGAACGAACGCCUUUUAUGGCAAGGCGGGAUUCUACUACAGAAACCGAUAUGAGCAUACGACGAGACGCCCCUCCCCAAGAGGAGCGCGUGCAAACCACUAUUCAAUACAUUGAAGGCGAAAUAUUCAGACAUGACCCUUUCUUUGCCUGGAUCUUCCUUAUCGCUCUCGCCGGCAUGUUAUCGACAUUUUUCCUGGUAUGGCUUCAUACAUCGCCGCGGAAGAGCCCUGUUGGCGAUACGAUUUAUACGACAUUACAAAAGUCAUUCCACAUGCUUGCAGUCGAUACAGUAGUGGCCGUGUUUGUAUCUUUCAUCUGGUUAGCAGCUCUCCGCUCCUUUGUACGGCCUCUGGUCAGCGUCAUCUUAGUUGCGGUGCCCGUUAUCAUGUUUUCCUUUUCAAUCUUCUCCUUUGUGUCCUCCUUCAAGGGUCGUACACACGGAACUAGCUUCCAGGAUUCAGUCAUGCGAUGGGCCUCUAUCGUCCCCGCCGCUUCAUGUGUACUCUGGAUUUGGCUCGUGGUAAAAGGACGGCGUGCUAUCCAACAGGCGAUCGAGAUCCUACAAUUUUCCAGCCGCAUUCUGGCCCAAAAUUCAGCGCUGCUGUUCGUUGGUUUUGGAUGCUUGGCCUUGAUUGUGCUGUGGACUUGGGCAUGGCUUGCCAUGUUCACCAGAGUCUUUAUGGGUGGUUAUUUCUCCAAGCGUCUCGUUCGCUUCGUGAUUCAACUAUCAAGUUGGUGGCUUGGAGCUGGUUUCAUCUUACUGUAUAUGUGGACAGUUUCGGUCAUCAACGCUGUUCAUCGUGCGACCACGGCUGCCACUGUAUCUCAGUGGUACUUCCAUCGAAAUGCCGCCCCUGCCACACCAUCGCGAGAGAUUGUUUCGGCUGCUCUUAACCAUGCCCUGACGACAAUUUUUGGCAGUCUAUGCGAAUCGACUCUCUUAUCACUACUGAUUCGAGCUCCACUGAUCUUCCUGCCUAGAAAGCUCGGUGCUGCUGUGACAAACAUCGCCUCUUUCUGGAUCCCUACACCUGUUGUUGCUCUGAUGAACCCGUUAACUAUUACUUACUCUGCCAUCCACUCGCAGAAUCUUGCAACGUCAGCUAGAGGCUUGGAUCAGAUGGAGCUUGUUUCCCCGGCUGUGCCAACAACAACACUGACACCUCGGGCUUUGCGUAAUCGUGGACAACCUAACGGCCUUUUACCAUACCGACUAGCCAAACUGCUUCUUGUAGCAACCCGACUCAUUAUGGCUACUGGUCUCGGUUUUGCUGGAUGGGUGAUUACCGCCAAGCAGCUCCGUUUCCAAAUGCCAGACGGAGCAGGUGUUCGAGGUUCUGCUUACGCCUACGUUGUUGGUAUGAUGGCAAGUUUCAUUGGAUACUCUGUUAUGGGCGCGGUGGAAGGUAUCUUGAGCGGAAUCGUCGAUGCAGUUCUGAUUUGCUACGGUAGCGAAAGGCGUAUGGAGCGAGGACAUGGUCGCUUCUGUCUCGAAGCAGCAUACUUGUUUGGAGAGCGUCGGGGAGGUGAUUCGUUGGAGUAUGCCUAG